UCUCUCGCUCUCUCUCUCUCUCUCUCUCUCUCUCUCUCUCUACGGAGUGACGUCGGUGUUAAGAAGAAGAUGGCGGCGCCAGGAAAGGCGGAAGGUGUAUCGCAGUGUGGACCUUUGUGGUGUGUGAGUUGUGUGUAGUGCCGCUGGUUGGAGUGAGUCGUCUAGUCAUCAUGAACAAUAAGGAGAGAGAGAGCACAAAAGAGUCAGAGAACAGUCGAGGCCAGAUGAAGGUGUUUCUGCCUAACAAGUUGUUGGAGCGUCUCCCUCAAACCACCUCCCUACCCAAGGAGAGACUACGAUGGAACACCAACGAGGAGAUUGCAUCCUACUUGAUCACAUUUGACAGACAUGAAGAGUGGCUAUCCUGCUCGCUCAAGACCAGGCCCCAGAAUGGCAGCAUCUUCCUGUAUAACAGGAAGAAGAUCAAGUACAGGAAGGACGGCUACUGCUGGAAGAAGAGGAAAGAUGGGAAGACCACCAGAGAAGACCACAUGAAGCUCAAAGUCCAGGGCAUAGAGUGUCUCUAUGGUUGCUACGUCCAUUCUUCCAUCGUCCCAACAUUCCACAGGAGGUGCUACUGGCUGUUGCAGAACCCAGACAUGGUGCUGGUUCACUACCUGAAUGUUCCGUCGCUGGAGGAUCAUGGGAAGGCGUGCGGCCCGUUGCUAUGUGCCGUUGCCGACCGCCGAGACUCGUUACGCUGGAGCCGAGACGAACUACUGGCCCAGCUCAAGCCUAUGUUCCACAGCAUUAAGUGGUCAUGUGGAGAAGGUUAUGGAUCAUCAGAGUUCUCUAUAGAACAACUGGCUCAACAGAUCCUGGAGUCUCAACAGACCAAACCUCAGCCUCGCACACACACCUGUCUCUGCAGCUCCACACUGGCGUCUCCUGGAGCUAACAUUCCCCACCGCUGUAACAGCACCAAGCAUCGCAUUAUCUCCCCCAAACUGCCCGCUACCAGCCCUGCCAUGUCAGCCUCACCCCUGGCUGAGGGGGAGACAGGAGGGGGAGACAUCCCUGCAGGCGGCGAGAAGAAACCUUCCCCACACACACACCCUCCCCCCUCACACACACACUCCCAGGCAAAGCUUGGAGGGUCUACCAGCCUGGUAGGGAGACAUGAGGGAGUCUCUUCCUCCCCCUCUCCCCCCUCCUCCUCCUCCUCCUCCUCAUCAUCCCCCCCUCAGGCUCACCGCACAGCAACCAUCGCCGUCAGCAACGGCACCACCAACAGUUUCUAUGGUGACCAGCGGGGCCUGACGACGGUUGCCCUACCGCAGAAUGCUGUGAUCGUCAUGACUACGGCGGGGGUCAUCGGGACGCAGGGUGGAGGAGAGCAGGAGUCGAGUCUGUCUCUUACCCGUUCAGGUCAGCUGGUACUCUCCCCCGUCCCCCCUAAACCAGACACCCCCUCCCCCCCAACCCCACCUGCUUCCCUCUCUCCGUCCCACUCCGCCCCUUCUUCCUCCCUCCCUCCAUCCCUUUCUCUAUCCCUCUCUCCGUCCCACUCCGCCCCCUCUCUCCUGCCUCUGUGUCUGGAAUCAGCGCUGGCCCUGGGCCCUCUGGGGGAGACAGAGGGGGAGAGGGGGGAGGCAGAUGGAGAGAGAGAAAGACAGAGGGAGGAGGGGAGAGAAGAGGGGCACCCGCCCACCAAACUGGCUCUCCUCCAGCGAAGCCAAUCCCCCAAGCCGUCGUCGUCAGGGCAACACCACAGAAAAGCAUCAUCAUCGCUGCUCCUGAUUCGCCACGAAACGCAGCAGACCCCUCCCACUCAGCAGAUGGCGCCCAAUCUGCAGCCUCACAGGCAGGACGGAGAGCAGCCAUUGGUCGUCCUAGAGCCCAAAGAGCUCCAGCAGCACCUCCCCCAACCCAUGACCUCUAUGCACUGUAACCCCAACCCCACCCCGACCCCGACCCCACUGACCCUGACCCAGAACCACCACUCUCAACUCCUCCUGCUGCAACACAGACGUCUUCAGAGUCAGGAGAGAGAGAUGGAGAAAGAGGUGGAAAGAGAGAGGCAGAGGGAGGUGGAAAGGGAGAGGGGGAGGCAGCUCUUACUCCUGCACCAGAGACUCAGCCAGCCGACUCCCUUAGAGUCCCUGUUUGCUAACAUCAACAACGUGGCUAAUGCAAACAUGGCUCUUUCAACUACUGUUAACAUGGACAGUGCCAAUGCCACUAUGGGGAAUGUUAACAUGACCAAUAUGGCUAAUGGGCGGGUUAGAGUAAAGGAGGAGAGGGGGCGGGGCUACGAGGCAGAGGACACACCCAUGGACACGGGUCAAAGGUCGGAGGUCACGGAUGUCUCGGAGGAGCUAGAGAUAUCGUUCGACAGCCAGUUCCCUGACCUCAUCUCUGAGCUCAUCACAGAGGCCGACGCCCCCAACACACACACACACACACACACCUCGGUCCUCGUCCCAAACCCGGCUCCCACCAGCCUGUUCCCUACGGGGGUACGUUACAUGGUUCCUCCCCAGCCCUCCCCCUCCUCCUCCUUCCUCCCCUUCCCCCCUCUUCCCCCUAACAACGGGACUGAGCUACAACGCCUAGCAACCAUCACAGACUUCUCCCCCGAGUGGUCCUACCCAGAGGGUGGUGUGAAGGUGUUGAUAACAGGUCCCUGGUUGGAGGCUACUGGACGUUACAGCUGCGUGUUUGACCAGAGCACCGUCCCCGCUUCACUUAUUCAGCCUGGAGUACUACGGAGCUACUGCCCUGCCCACGAGGCAGGGUUGGUGUCUCUUCAUAUAGUGGAGGACAGUGGGUCUGUCUCUUCGUCUGUUCUGUUUGAAUACAGAGCUAGAAACGCCUCGUCUCUACCCAGCUCACAGCUGGACUGGCUGUCCCUGGACGAUAACCAGUUCCGUAUGUCCAUCCUGGACAGACUGGAGCAGAUGGAGAGGAGGAUGGCUGAGAUGUCUGCAACCAACCCACACACACAGCCGCCGCCACAAUGCCAGCGGAUCAGCACACUCUCCCCACACACACCUCCGCCCGAGGACAGAAGCCAGUCAGGCCCAUGGUUUGAGAGGAGGAUAGUUGGAGUAUGUGAGAGGAUGAUGGAGGGAGGGAGGUGGAGAGGAGGGGGAGAAGAGCGCCUCGCUCACUCUGUACGCCACAGAGGGAUGACACUGCUCCACCUGGCCGCUGCACAGGGAUACACACACCUCAUCCACACACUCAUCCACUGGAGGAGAGUCAACAGUGACAGUCUGGACGUAGAGCAGGAAGUUGAUCCUCUCACCGUCGAUCAUUUCUCAUGCACUCCUCUGAUGUGGGCAUGUGCUCUGGGACACCAGGCAGCAGCCGAGGUUCUAUAUGGUUGGAACAGCCAGGCGCUCGGAAUUCCCGACUCACUAGGCCGCCUCCCCCUCGCAGUUGCACGCUCUCGCGGACACACAUGCCUCGCCCGCGCGCUGGAGGACCUACACACACACCGCCCCGACACGCACCCACCCACAGAGAGGGCCGAGGAGGGGGAGCAGAGGACCACCCCCACUCCACAACUCCCCCCCUCUCCACUGUCCACCAGUCCUGACACAGGUCUGAGUUCGUCCAGUAGUAUUCCCUCCCCCUCUCUCUCCCUCCCCUCCCCCUCUCUCAGCUCAGCCUACUCUAGUGGGUCUGUACCCCUCUACAACCCUCCUGACCCUAUGGAUACCUCCCCCUCCUCCCCCUCUCUCUCCCUGUCCUCCCUCCCCCUCUCCCCUCCCUCCCCCUCUCUCUCCCUCCCUCUGAGCCUGCCGGUAUGGGGUGAGGCCUGUGGAGGUUGUGUAGCUGGGGACUCUAGUUUGAACGCCGGGCCCAGAGACCCUCUCUUCCUCAUGGACUACGAACCGGCCCCUCCUCACUCCCCUCCCGGACCUCCACACUCACACACAUCCCCCCGUCGCUCACACACACCCCCCCGUCGCUCACACACACACACCUUCGAGGAGCAGGUGAGCUUCAAUGAGAAUGCAGAGAACGAGGAGGAGUUCCUGCCUGCUGAGGUGCUACAGGUUGACAUGGCAACGUUAGCAGAGCAGAUCAUCGAGGCGACUCCUGAGCGAAUCAAACAAGAGGAAUUGUCCAGGGGGGCGGAGUCACCGCUCAGAGAGAGGCGGGACAACACAGUGAUAUCCGACACCAUGCCCUGGUUGGCCACUUACCUGGACACUCACACACACUCCUCUCUGUCCAGAUGUGUGUACCCCCCCUCCCACCUCAGUACCCUGGCCCUCCAGAGGCUGCGGCCCCCCAGUAGUGUGGCGUGGGCGGAGUUCCUGAACGCCUCGGCCAAUGGGAGGAUGGAGAGAGACUUUGCUCUGCUGACUCUGACUGACUCUGAGCAGAGAGAACUGUACGAGGCUGCGCGCAUCAUUCAGAACGCCUUCAGACGAUACAAGGGUCGGAGGUUGAAGGAACAGCAGGACAUGGCAGCAGCCGUCAUCCAACGAUGCUACAGGAAGUACAAGCAGCUAACAUGGAUAGCUCUGAAGUAUGCUCUGUAUAAAAGGAUGACUCAGGCAGCGAUACUGAUCCAGUCUAAGUUCCGUAGUUACUAUGAGCAGAAGAAAUUCCAGCAGUCUAGACGGGCUGCGGUUCUGAUCCAACAGUACUACCGCAGCUAUAAGGAGUAUGAACGCCUCAAACAGGGACCCAGAGGGUCCGGAUCACACAAUCCAAAACUGAAGGGUUCCUUCCUGACUAAGAAGCAGGACCAGGCCGCUAGGAAGAUCAUGAGAUUCCUACGACGAUGCCGGACACCGGAUUAAAGAGUUGGAACAGACUAAUGAGUUAGGAGAGGAGAGGGCUUACCACCUAACUCCUCUUUUACCCCCUCCUUCAUCCUGCCAUCCGCCACAGGGAGAGAGGGAUGGCACUUGAUGGGAGAGAAGAGAGAGGCAGCCUGUCUGCCCUCCUCCCUUUAUUCUCUGUCUCCCUCCCUCCACUGGGGUCGCUCAUCACCCCAUCCAGCUCUAUGCCUGUCACUCCUCCUCUCCUCCUCUCCUCCUCCUGUUCUCUUCUCCUCCUCUCCUCCUCCUGUCUCCUCUCAUCCUCCUGUACUCCUCCCUUUAUUCUCUGUCUCCCUCCCUCCACUGGGGCGCUCAUCACCCCAUCCAGCUGUAUGCCUGUCACUCCUCCUCUCCUCCUCUCCUCCUCUCUCCUCCUCUCCUCCCCCUGUUCUUCCUCUCCUCCUCUCCUCCUCCUCUCCUCAUCUCAUCCUCCCUGUUCUCCUCUUCUCCUCUCCUCCCCCUGUUCUCCUCUCCUCCUCUCAUCUUCCUGUACUCCUCUCCUCCUCCUGUACUCCUCUCCUCCUCCUGUUCUCCUCUCAUCCUCUCAUCCUCCUGUACUCGUCUCCUCCUCUCAUCCUCCUGUACUCCUCUCCUCCUCCUGUUCUCCUCUCAUCCUCCUGUACUCCUCUCCUCCUCUCAUCCUCCUGUACUCCUCUCCUCCUCUCAUUCUCCUGUACUCCUCUCCUCCUCUCAUUCUCCUGUACUCCUCUCCUCCUGUACUCUCCUCCUCUCAUCCUCCUGUACUCCUCUCAUCCUCCUGUAGUCCGCUCCUCCUGUACUCUCCUCCUCUCCUCCUGUACUCCUCUCCUCCUUCUCUUCAUCCCUCUCUCAUGAUGAAGUCAUGCUACUUCUGCAAGAAUGCAAACUGCGAAGGGAUGGAGAGAGAGAAGUAAAAAAAGGAGAGAGAGACUCCUGCCUCCUGCCUCCUGCCUCCUGCCUUACCCCCUGUUCUGCUGUGGAGAGGAGGAGGAACCUGACUGAAUCUGUUUAUUCUUUAUUUUAUCUAUUUCUGGGCAAAACAAGACAACUGCAGCUUCUAACUGAAUGUAUGGAACAUAAAAAAAUAUAUAUAUAUAUAUACACAUAUAUAUUCUACAGAUAUCCAAUACUACAUGUCACUGCUUUUGUGUUAUUCGUUGGGGCAGGUAUUGUACGUGUAUGAAGUGAUAGUCACUGAGACAGUAGGACUGAACAGAACACUUAAAGUCUUAAAACAGGGAGAUAUCUUGACCCUAACUAACUAACCACCUUUACACACAACUAGAUGGGUUGGUAAAGAACCUCUAUAGAAUGGCAUUACAACCAUCUAGACCACCUAGAGAGAACCACCUCAUGUUAGUGUAGAUUGAACCAGUAUAGAUAUAGACCACCUAGAGAGGAACCACCUCAUGUUAGUGUAGAUUGAACCAGUAUAGAUCUAGACUACCUAGAGAGAAACCACCUCAUGUUAGUGUAGAUAGAACCAGUAUAGAUCUACACUACCUAGAGAGAAACCACCUCAUGUUAGUGUAGAUAGAACCAGUAUAGAUCUAGACCACCUAGAGAGAACCACCUCAUGUUAGUGUAGAUUGAACCAGUAUAGAUCUAGACCACCUAGAGAGAAACCACCAGGUGUCCCAAAGUCUUAAAGAAACAAACCAACCAAUCAACUGACUGAGACCAUUUUACUAACUAGUCAGUUAUAGAAGCUAGGAGGGGUUUGAUGAUAAUGAAGACAGUGAGGUUUCAGAUUGUGUUGUAGGAGCAUUAUAGGUUGGUUGCUGUAACGUUGCAGGGUGGUUGUAGGAGGGUUUGGUCUGCGAGAGACUGUAAACGUCCUGAUCCUUUACAUUAUCAGGGUUAGAGGUCAGGCUAACACAACGUCCUUAACUCAUCCUUUACACUGUCAGGGGUUAAAGGUCAGGCUAACACAACGUCCUUAACUCAUCCUUUACAGUGUCAGGGGUUAAAGGUCAGGCUAACACAACGUCCUUAACUCAUCCUUUUCAGGGUCAGGGGUUAGAGAUCAGGGAUUGAGCACAAUAAUCAGAAUAUUAAAUAUUUUUGUGUCUAAGGAGAUCAAAUGUUAAUUUGACUGAUUUAAAAAUGCAGUGUCUUCAAACCCUUCUGACGGACAACACAGAAAGAUGUUUACCAACACACAAUUACUACACACACUGGUUUAUACACUGGUUACAUGUAUUACUGGUUUAUAAACUGUAUUAAUGGUUUAUAAACUGUAUUAAUGGUUUAUAACACACUAUCUAAUGGUUUAUAAACUGUAUUAAUGGUUUAUAAACUGUAUUAAUGGUUUAUAAACUGUAUUAAUGGUUUAUAACACACUAUCUAAUGGUUUAUAAACUGUAUUAAUGGUUUAUAAACUGUAUUAAUGGUUUAUAAACUGUAUUAAUGGUUUAUAACACACUAUCUAAUGGUUUAUAAACUGUAUUAAUGGUUUAUAAACUGUAUUAAUGGUUUAUAAACUGUAUUAAUGGUUUAUAAACUGUAUUAAUGGUUUAUAACACACUAUCUAAUGGUUCUACUCAUACUCAUUUUUACUAUUGCACUCUAUUACAACCUACCAACUCUGAAAGAAAGAGAAAACCAAACCAACUGUAGAUGUGAUAGAAGGUGCUGUCUGACUGGGCUUGGUGUACAUACUGUAACAUACAGUCUGGUUGAAGAUUUAUUAUCAUAUUAUAUUAUGACUCUGUCCUUUAUGAGAUCGCUCUGCUUGCUUGACUGAUGAACCUUGGGCUGUUCCCAAUGGGCCCCUAUUCACUAUGUAGUACACUACCCAUAGGGCUCUGGUCUAAAGUAGUGCACUAUAUAGAGCUCUGGUCUAAAGUAGUGCACUAUAUAGGGAAUAGGGUGCCAUUUGGGAUGUAUUUUCUGAUGUGUUGUUUACUGUAGUGGACCCUAUAUAGCAGUGCACUACUUCAACCAGAGCUUUCUAUAAAUAGGGAACAGGGAGUCAUUGGGGAUGCGACCCGUGGUUUCACAUUAUCUUACUACUGGGUGUCCCAAUAGCUCCCUGUUCACUAUAUACUAGUGCACUAUGUAGGGAAUAGGGGACCCAACUAUGAGAUUAUUAUUACUGGUGUUCUGUUAAUAUAUUAAACGACUGAGGUGAUUUAUUUUGCAUGAGUUUCUAACAGUUUUUACAUUUUCAAAACUUUUCAAAAAUAUUAUGAAGUAUUAAAAAAAGAUGACGUGUCUAUUUUUCUGUUUUUUCUCUGCUGGUGUUUGAGUAUUAAAUGUUUAUUUGUGAA